AUGCGUCUUGAAAGUGUUUUAGAUGAAAAAUUGCAGUCUGGGGAUGUGGUGAAACAACUCGAAACUGUUAUUAAGGAUCAAGAGAUUGAGGAUCUUAAUGCAAAAUUCAAUGACCUUUCGGUUUCCAAAAGUGUUGUUAAAUCUCACAUGGAAUCACUUCAAACGACAUUGAAAGAAUCAUCUGAAGUCCAUAGUAAAUCAAACCUGCAUGUGGAGGUUGUGUUGAAGAGGUUCUUAGUUUAUGUUGGUGCAAUAGUCAAGCAAGAGGACUUGUUGGAUGAUUCUGCUAGUGACAAGUUGUCUCUUGUUGAAAGGGGAAUCUCUCUAAUGAUUGAGAACUAUAAUCAGUUUCUUGUUGAAAUAGAUGGCCUCAAACAAUGUUUGACUGAGGAGGUUGAUUUUGUUGCGAAGUUAAAUGAACUAGAGGCUAAAAAUAGCAAACCGAUGAAGGAACUAGACAAGGAGAAAGAGAUGUUAGAAGUGAAAUUACAAGAGAAGUCUGAUUCCCUUGAGGUCGUUGAAGUUACUACCGAGGAAUUGGUCAGAAGCCAAAUUUUGGCAGUCUCACUUCAGGAAUCGUUGGAUGAGAAGACGAAUGAACUUAAGGAGUGUUUGCACAGAUUACAAGAGAAAUCGAAUUCCCUAGAAGCUGCUGAAGAGUUGGCUGAAGCACGUAAUGAGAUUGACCUACUUAGUGUGUCUCUUUCUACAGAGAAAGAGGAGAAGGAUACUCUUCAAAUGGCAUUGUAUGACAUAUCUCGCAAAUACGAAGCAGUUUCUGAAAAUGAGCACCGGGUUUCAUCUGAAAAUGAUGGACUAAUAAGAAAGUUUCUAGAGGCUUCUGAGAUGCAAAACCCGGAGGACUCUGAUCAAGCUGACAUUGCUAUACUUAAUCAGAAACUGGUGCUAUGUGAGAAUAUACUAGAAGCAGAUAUGGUGGAUAAGUUGAAACUGAUGAACUUGGCAAACGAGUUAGAAAGAUUGUCUCGAGAAAGUGAUGCACUAAAGGAUGAAAAUAAGUCCCUACAAAACUAUUUCGAGCGAGCUGAGGAUAAAACUGCUUUGGUUAGGGAAAAGUUAUCAAUGGAUGUAAAGAAAGGCAAGGGUAUGGUCCAAGAAAGGGAAAACCUGAAACGAUCUAUAAAUGAGAGGAAUAUUGAAAUUGAAAAACUCAAGAAGAAGUUGGAGCAGCAAGAUUUGGAAUCUUAUUUUGUGGCCAUGAAAGAGCAGAGAGAUCAUUUCGAGCAGUCCUUACAAGAGAGCAAUAAAACUUUGCAGAUAGUAGUUAAGUCAAUUGAUAUUGUUCCCGCCGUUACUGUUGAUGCAAUGUUCGAGGAUCCUGUGGAAAAGGUGAAAUGGCUUUUGCAGUGUUAUCAUGAUUUUCAAGUUUCCAAGUCUCGUGCGGAACAAGAUUUAGAAACAGUAAACCAGGAAAACAUUUCAAUGUCCAGCAAAUUGGAAGAGGCAUAUGCAAAUAUUAAAUCACUGGAAAAUGAAUUAUUGAAGUCUAGUGAAGAUCUCUCUCUUAUGAUACAAGCAAAACAAGACAUCGAAUCACUUGAAGAAGCUGUAUCAUCUAUAGAGAGAAGAAUUUCUACUCUUGUUGAGGAGAAGGCUGCUGCAGAAGAAGAUAGAACUAAUGCAGAAAACGAGUUAGAGAAGGCAAAAGCAGGAGUGGAAACUCAAGUUAGUGAGUUAGUAGAGGUGAGCCAAACUAUAAAAUCACUUGAAGAAGCACUAUCAUCUGCAAAGAACAUAAUCUCUAUUUUUGCUGAGGAGAAGGCUGCUGCAGAGGCAAACCAAACUGUAAAAUCACUUAAAGAAGCACUAUCAUCUGCAGAGAGUAUAAUUUCUAUCCUUGCCGAGGAAAAGUCUGUUGUAGAAUUAUAUAUAACCAAUGCGGAAAACGAGCUACAUAAGGCAAAAGCAGGAGUAGAUUCUCAAGCUAGUGAGUUAGCAGAGGCGAACCAAAGUAUAAAAUCACUUGAAGAUGCUCUAUCUCGGGCGGAGAAGCAUGCCUUCGUGCUUUCUAAAGAACGAAACGAUUUCCAAGUUGCUAGAGAUCUCUUGGAUAAGGAGCUAGAGGAACCAAAAACUGAAGCCAGCGUUCAAGCUAGCGAGGUAUCAGAUGCAUACACAACAAUAAAAUCACUGGAAGAUGCAUUAGCAAAUGCGGAGAAUGACAUUGUGGUGCUUGUCAAUGAAAAAAGAAAUACUGAACAUGAAAUAGUAACACUUAAUGCAAAGUUAAGUUCAUUUGUAGAAGACUUGGCUGGAACUCGUGGAGCCGCCAAAGGGCAGUCUGUGGAGCUGCUAGAGCACCUCAAUUAUCUUGAAAUGUUAAUGAAAGAUAGCGCGCUGCUCUUUUUAUUAACACAAGGCUUUAAGAAAAAACUUGAGAGCCUAAGAGAUAUGCACCUCCUUCUAGAAGGAACACGGGAUCGGUUCGUUGAGAAAGGCUCGGGACUAUUGCAUGUUCGAGCUGGCACGGAGAAGGAACAUCACCUGGAAAAUAUUUCUCCACCAGACCAUGAAAAGUUUCAUUACGAUACAAUGCACAAAAGUGAGGGAAGUGCUGCGGACUCUGAGAAUAUCUCCUCAUAUUUCACAAAUAUCAUAAAACGUUUCAAUAUGAAGAACAAAUUGAUCAAAGAUAAUUUUGUAGGGUUUUCUGGUUCUAUGGAUGACUAUGUUGCAGUCUUCACCAAAGCGUUGCAGCAAACAAUGGAUGGAGUUGUUAUAACGCUUGAGACUAUGGAAUAUUUGAAGCAGCAGGAUACUGUUGAUAAGAUGAGAUUUGAAGAUGAAAAUUUGAACUCUAGCUUGUUCUCAGGUGAAAGAGAAGCUGGUGGUGAUUCAGUGGAAGAGCAACAGGGCUUACUUGGCCCUGAAGGUGUUAAAGUGACCAAAUUAAACCUUGAAAGCGUCACGCAAGAAAGGGAUCUUCAUCAAAGCAGAGCCUCUAAGUUGGAGACUAGUUUAGAAGAAUUGAAGAGUUCCUGCAACUCAAUGAAUCUUAAACUGGAUGAAUGUCUUGCCAUGGAAGAUGUAUCCAGGGAAAAAGAAGCAGAACUAUCGUCCUUGCACGUUUCUUUAGCAAUUAAAAAUCAAGAUACAGUUGCACAAAUGCAACAUCAGUUUGAAUUAUCUGCUCAUGACAAGGAAGAACUGCAAUCUAGACUUUCAGAAAGUGUUCAGGAAAUUGAGCAUCUGAAGGAAGCUGGAAAUAUUAGUAGGAUUAACCAAGAGCUAGAACAUUCAAAGAGUGACUUAGCUGGGUUAGCAUUUGGUUUGGAGAAAAUAAUUCAGAAAUUUGGAGGGGAUGAGUUAAUUAAAGAACAAAAAUCUGUUACCAGCCCCGGAACUGGGUGUCGAAUUGCAUGGGAACAAAAAGUUUAUGGAUGA